AUGGAGCAUAAGAUACUAUACCGACAGACAAUAUCAUUAAGACUAGGCGACACGGAGCGAUUUAAAAUACAUUUCACUCCGCACGCAGAGGGCGAUGAUAUAGUAAUACCGCCAACUUUAUGGGUAAAAGUCAAAAACCUUGAGCCAGUGUCGAAAAGAGCAAUAUAUUUAGCUGGUCCAUAUAUCUUGUAUGUUGAUUGUCGUCAGCUGGAUUAUGACCCCAACGUCAAGUAUUUUGUUACUGCAGACCAGCCUGUAUUUGAGCCACAACUAUUACCUGGCCAAUCAUUUUACGUACAAUUGUCAUGCCACACUUUAAAGAAGGAUUAUUCUUGGAUAGUUGAUGUCGUAUCCCAAAUAAUAUUCAAUACAAAGAUUAUGAUUGAUUUUGAAAUUAUGGUUGGAACGUCAAAGAAGGUGCUUCAUGAAGCGUCUAAUCCAGAUAGGAAUAUUCUCAAUGCCGAUAAAGUGGGUACGUUUCACCCUUUAUUGAAUGUUGCUGAAUGGGAUACCAAAGAUUUGUGGAAUCUACCUGUGCUCCAACCUGGGAAACCAAAACAUUUAGUUAUAUUGACUCAUGGACUACAUUCAAAUGCAAGUGCCGACAUGUUGUAUUUGAAAGAACAAAUCGAUAGAAUGAAGGAAAAGACUCAAUCCACUUGUGGAGAAGAAACCGUGGUCAAAGCAUUUUUUGAUAAUGCAGGAAAGACUGAACGAGGAAUCAAGUAUUUGGGGAGUAGAGUGGCAGAGUACAUCGUUGAGCUUGUUACUGAGAAUGAAAUGCUAAACAAUGGGCAAGUCACCAAGAUAUCAUUCAUUGGCCAUUCAUUGGGUGGAUGUGUUCAAACGUUUGUUAUUGCUUACCUUCGACUGAACUUUCCGUGGUUUUUUGAAACAAUCAAGCCGAUUAAUUUUAUUGCAAUAGCGUCACCGUUAUUGGGAGUAGCUAAUGAAAACCCUCUUUACGUCAAAGUUGCAUUGUCAGCUGGAGUCGUGGGAAAGACGGGACAAGAACUAGGGUUGAAGUAUUUAGAAAACGACUCGAAGCCAUUAUUGUUAUUGUUACCUUCAGGAUUGGCGCAUAGGACAUUAAAACAGUUCAAGAGAAGGACCGUGUAUGCAAAUGCGUUGAAUGAUGGGAUUGUUCCAUUGAGAACUUCAUCUCUAUUGUAUCUUGAUUACAAAGGGCUAGUUCCGUUGAUCAAUUCGAAUGAUAUUUCCUUGAAUGACGCGAAAGAGGCUAUCGAUGGUGUACAAGCGGGGAAAAAUACUGAUAAAGCUUCUGGAAAAGCUCCCAAAUCUGUGCAAGAUAAUAAUCCAUUCCUGCCAAUGCAAACACUUAUGUCAUAUUUUAUGCCACAGAAACAGAAAGGUCAUGGCGAGCAAUACAGAAAUUUCCAAACCUCGACAGCGGAUGGAGAAGAAAAUGCAGAUGAAGGUGGGGACGAGAAACGCGAGGCUCAUGGCAUUCCCAAUCUGACAUUUUUGGAUAGUGCUGCAGCAUUGUUCUUGCCUCCACUCCCAUCUAUGAAAUACAUAACUGAUCCCACAACUCGAGAAAAUGUCAUCAUCCACGACAAAGUGUACUAUGAGAAGGAUUUGCCUAAGAUGUUAAAGAAUGGUGGGCAAUUUGUCUCAGGUGGGAAUGGCUCGACUAAUGGUAGCUCAUCAAUGACAAAGAGAUUCCUUAACAAGCUAGAUUACAAUUAUGAGGAACUCGAAGAGCAGAUUGCACGUGAGUAUCAUAAAAACAUGAGUUGGCGCAAAGUAGUUGUCAAGCUCAAACCAGACGCACAUAAUAACAUCAUUGUGCGAAGAAGAUUCGCCAAUGCUUAUGGAUGGCCCGUAGUUAAGCAUAUUGUGGAAAAUCAUUUCAAUCAGGAUAAGGUUUACAAUAAGACAGUAGCAUCGGUGAUGGAGCACUCUUCCACAGGAGAGUUUGCUAGUCAUGACUCCCUAGAUGAUGAACAAGAUUUGACUAAUUUGAUUAAUAGAGAUUUAAUGACACAACAAAAUCAUGAAAUUGAUGAAACUACAACCGCAGAGGAAGAGAAUACUGCAAACGCUGCUUGGAUUAAUUCUAAAGAUAAUGCAGAAAGUAUUUUUGCUUUGGGAGUUGCCGGCUUGUUGGGAGAAGUCACACAUUUUGUUGGUGAUUUUAGCGAUUCCAUAUUUAGUGGAAAACGACCUUCGAUUCCAUUAAUUGGACAAAUUCCGUUACCAGCAGCAUUAGUUUCGCCAUCUAAUGAGGUCCCGGUGAGUAAUAACAGGGGCAACGAGCAUGGUCACAGCGCUGAUAAUGCUGAGGAUGAAAUUGACGAGUCUGGCGAUUUGAGUCUUUCGAAGCCAGGUGUGAUGAAUAACUUUUUAUAG